CAACAAGACGCGAUUCGCCGCACGUUGCCUUUGCAGAUUGAACAAUGACACGGCACGGUUCGCGAAGCAAGCCAACUGCUACGCUCAAGGCGCUCGCGCCACGUGUACCUGGACCGCGCAAGGCCAUCGAGACGGUGGAUGCUUCGACGCCGCUUGCCGAUACGACGCCUCCUGCCAGCAUGACGCCGCCUGCCAGCACGGCGCCAACCAAGGCCAAGGAUACCCGGCGCCAAGAGUUCGCGAUCGAAAAGGCUGACGCCAAGAACGAGCCAAUGCAGUGGUCCGAAGCCACCGUCCGCAAGCUCUUCGAGCUGCGCUGCGAUCCUGCCCAAGCGUUCCGGUUCAACUCCAAGAACAACAUGAUCAAGAACUACGCCAACGAGUGCCUCGUGGCCGAGCUAAGCCGCGUUAUGGGCCGCAAGUUUACGGUCAAGCAAGUCUCAAACAAGAUGACGCGCAUGCGAGGUCAAUGGGCCCACUACAAGACGUCGAUGUUAGCUGGCAACGAGCCAGUGAUUCCCCCAGUGCACUUCGACAUUAUGGCCGAGUACUGGUCGGAGGAGCCUGGCGUGCAGCGCAAGCCGAAGGCCACGAGCGCGACGCUGCCGAGCGACGUGACGCCCGCCAAGAGAAGGAAAACGACAGACAGCGAGUCCGAGCCCGUCUACUGGUGCGAUGUAAGCGUUCGUAAGCUCCUGGAGCUGCGCUACGACCCCGACAUUGCGUCUCAGUUCGACUCCAAGAACAACAUGACAAAAAAGCUCGCGAAUCUGCGUCUGGCGGCCAAACUGAGCCAAUUUAUGAAUCGCAUGUAUACGGUCAAGCAGGUCAGCAACAAGAUCACGCGCUUGCGGGCUGCCUGGACCGCAUACCAGACCUCGAUCCUGCUAUCGCCUGAGAGCCCGCCCGACCCAGACACGCUUCCCGCGCACUUGGACAUUGCGAUGGCGUUCUGGUCUGACAAACCGACGUGCAACGCGACUCGUUGGCACCGUCGGACGAGCUCGACAACAGCAGCGACGAACACGGUCACAGCUCCUCUGAGAGCGAAGACGACGUUAUCACAAGAAAACGCAAGACGAGCGAGCACGGCGAGCGCAGUAACAAGAGGCCACGGUCCUCUGUCGACGCCGUGGAAGCUGGCGUCAGCAGCGUGUCCGCCGAGUUGGUGCCGAUGAGUCGAACUAUUGCCCAGCCGCUCGCCACCCCUCUACCAACGACUUCC